CACUGGAAUUAGUGGAACAGCAUCUUCAUAAGAUUUGUGACAUUUGUCACGUCUUUAUGUCUUUUCAGUAAUCCAGUUUUUUGUUUAAAUUGGUUUAAAGUUUUAUAAUGUUCAUACAAGUGUAGUUAAUUGUUAUAACUUGUGAUUAAAUAGCGCUUUGUACCUUUCCCGUCCGUGACUGAUUCGGUGUAAUAGUGAGUGUGAUCUUCUACAAGAAGCUGAGAAAUGAGUGAUUCGCCACCAAGUCCCUCUGGCGCAGAUAACCAGAAUUAUGAGCCCAUUCCCGAGCACUCGCCAUGCCAGCCGGAUAGCACGGAUCUUCGUGUGCGUCUGUCAGAGGUGCACAGCAAUCAGUGCGUGAUACUGGACAGUCUGUCGGAGAUCAACUGGCGCUUCGGAGACGCUGGAAGCACCUUCGAUCUGGACGCUGAAGCGGAACGCGCCAAACAAUAUUUGCAGAAACUGUGCACCAUCCGCCAGAAUAUGAGCGUUAUACAGAACAAGCUGACACGCCUGCAGGAGCGCGCCUACAAAAUCAAGCAGUUUAAGGAGAAGGAAUACACGGGCGCAUACCGGAAUUGGCUGUCGGAUUUGGAAUAUCAGCGCCAUUUGACAGCGAAAUUCGAACCUGCAGCCAGACGCAGCAACGAUACUCUUCCUAAAGCUCAGCAAUAAAUUUUCCAUAAGAUAUUGUGGAGUUUUGCUCAUUCCACGAAGAAGCCACACGAUUUUCCCCAGAUUCAAUUCCAUAAUAUUGUUCGUUUUGUACAUCAAGUGAAGAUAACUGCCAUUUUGUUCCUGUUCCAACUCAUGGGCACAUCGGACGUAUGUCUGGACUCUGGAGUGUGCCUGCUGAACUACGAACGAACGAAUAACGACCAAGUUGGACCAACUGCCUUUUCUUUGCUUGUGACAUGUGGUACUUUUGUUCCGUCUGUUUUUUUCUAACUAUGCUUUUCCCCACCCUGUGAUACAUCUUAUUGCUUUAUACGAUCAUAUUUUUAUAUUUUUCCAGUUUUCAGUUGGUUGCGUUUUAUGUGAUAUAUUUGAGUAAUGGUGCAACUUGAUAGUGACGAUGAAAUAACAGUUAGUAAUUUCUGA